AUGUCCGGACUUCCCAGAAGCGACGAUAACUUCGCCAGCGUCGGCACCGACUACUCUUCCCCUCAAUACUCCUCCAGUAACACCACGACCGACAGUACUUCUCCCCAGUACGGAUCCAGUACCCGGGCAACCGAUAACUCUUCGUCACAAUAUUCCGCCAGCAAGAACCCCGCCAAUACCACGGACUUCUCUUCCCCACAGAACGCUGCCAGCACCCGCGUCGCUCACGGCACAGACUUCAACAACCCAUCCCACCACGUCCGCCACGACGAAUCCGAGCCUCUUCCCGGUGCACGAGGAGCACGCGACACGGUUGAUUACAGCCCGGAUAAUCUUGGAGAUGACAACACCAGUUGGGCCAGGGACAAACAUACCGCAGCUGCAGACUACACGUCGACCAAUGAACGUCGCAAUGAGUCUGAGCGUCUUCCUAGUGCCCUGGGAGGACGCGAUACGGUUGACGAUCGCACGAACAACCUUGGGGGUGACAACACUAGCUUCGGCAGGGAUAAACAUUCGGCAGGUAUCAACACCUCGUCCAACAAUCAACGAAGCAACCUCGGGAGCAACACAAACCAGGCUUCAGGGGGACGCACAGAUGCCUUCGAAGAUAAUUUCUCCCGCCAAGACGAUCCAACACAUGCUGGCUUCGGCAAAGACAUUGCGGCAGGCGAAACGAAGGGACACGCCGGUGUAGGCGACAAAGUAAUCGGGAAGACCCAGCAGAUGGUAGGCAAAAUGACAAACAACGCUGACCUCCGCGAGAAGGGUGAAUUGCGGGAAACAAGUGGGAAAGAGGGUGUGUACAGGGCGCCCCGCGACUAG